GGGAUACUGCGCAUGUCCGAAACUGCCAAAUAUGAACGCUGCUCCAACAUACGAACAAACCAGAUAUUGUUCAUCAUGACCAGUAACUUAUCAUCAACACUCCUGGAGGCAUGGUAUUUUUUUAGGUAAUCAGCGACUUCUUCCUUAAGUCUGGAAUUAUCCCAGUGUUCAUUGACCGCUGGAACAGCUUCUGGAACGGUAAUGUGAGCUGGUCUGCGCAUGCCUGAAGUGCCUUGCUGCUGACGCCGUCUGGACCAUAAGGUUUUUUGAACAUCAUGGGCGGUUGAGAAACACACCCUUGACAUAUCUUUAGUGAGGAGCACAGAAGGCUAGUUAGACUAGGCUAUAUUCCAGACCAGACCCCUCAGCCGCAGUCCAGAAGCUAAUGCAGCCAUGGCUGAGGAGGACUAUGGCUGCUUUGUGGACUGGACCCAAAUGGGGGACAUGGCCAAGAGCAGUGGCACCUCCAAAUUGGACGUUAAGGACCACGUGGAGCUCAAAAAGCUGGCCAGGCAGGGUUACUGGUCCAAGAACCACAAGCUCCGUGCCCAGGUCUACCAGCAACUCAUUAAGGCAAUCCCCUGUCGAACCGUGACACCCGAUGCCGAGGUCUACCGCGACCUCAUGGACGACGACACAGGUAAAAAAGCCUUGUCCUCCAUCCCACUGCCAGACUUUGUGGACGGCAGCGCUGUGCCGCACUACUGCCUCAUGGCAGACGCAGUGACCGUCGUCCACCGGGUCAUCUCCUGUCUGGAGGGACAGUUCCCGGACAUCUCGCACUGCCCGGCGCUGCCCGCGAUGACAGCUCUCCUGCUGCACUUCAGUGCCAAUGAGGCGCAGUGCUUCGAGCACAUCAGCCGUCUGCUGGCCUGCAAUGAGCCGGGCCAACGCUUUGUAGACCAGACCUUCCUGGCCUAUGAGUCCAGCUUCAUGACCUUUGGCGACCUGGCCAACAAGUACUGCCCGGCAGCUCACAAGCUCAUAGUGGCUACAGCGCAGGACGUGGUGGCGGUGUACUCGGACUGGCAACGCUGGGUGCUAGGUGACCUGCCCUUCAGCCACGUGGCAAGGGUCCUAGACGUCUUCCUGGUGGAAGGAUACAAGGUGUUGUACCGCGUUGCCCUGGCCCUGCUCAAGUUCUACCGCAAGCAGAAGGCCGGGGAUGGAACACAGCAAUCAGAGUGCCAAAAACAGGACUCUGUGGGGGUCAAGGCAGAGAUCCAGGCUUUCGUCAAGGCCAUCGGCUCCUACAUCACCCCGGACAAGCUGCUGGAGAAGGCCUUCUCUAUCCGCUUGUUCAGUCGCAAAGAGAUCACUCUCCUGCAGCUAACCAACGAGAAAUCGCUGCAGCAGAAGGGCAUCACUGUCAAACAGAAGAGGCGGACCGUGCAGCUGGCUCUGAACCCGGACACCUUCUCCUCGGAGGUAGUCAGCGCCAAGGAGAUGAAGGACAUCUGGUCGUGGAUCCCCGAGCGCUUCGCCCUAUGCGAACCGCAGCUCCUCUUCACCACCUCAACCCAUGGCUGCAGCCUCAACAGGUUCUACGCUCAUGUCGAAGGCUAUGAGCCCACUCUGCUACUCAUCCGGACCUGUGAAUCUGACGUAUGUGGAGCCUUCCUCUCUACAGAUUGGGAGGAGCGCAAGCGAGGCGGGAACAAACUCAGCUUCUUUGGGACCGGAGAAUGUUUCAUCUUCAGGCUGAAGCCGGAGAUGGAGAGGUAUGAGUGGGUGGUGAUCCGUCACCCGGAGCUAGCCUCCACCAUCAAGGGUCAGAGCAGCGAGGUCCCUGCCGAGGACGAGGCUCCCCCCGACAAGCAGAACUCGGACGGCAACCGCCUUCCCGUGGGAAGGCCAGCCUCUGACCCAUCUGAUCGCCUGUCGCCCUUCCUCUCAGCCCGACACUUCCAUCUCAACUCCAGGAACACCUCCAUGUUCAUGGCGGGAAACUUUGACUCCAUCAUAGUGGGGGGAGGCGAGGGCAACGCGCUGUACAUCGACAGUGAGCUAAACCACGGACGCACAGCCCGCUGCACCACCUUUGACAACCCACCGCUCUGCUCCACCGAGAGCUUCCAGGUGGCCCUGCUGGAGGUGUGGGGCUUCAAGGACACCAUGGCCUCAGAUAGAUAGACACUCACAGUUCGAGACACACACACACACAUCCCACCAAGGGCCUGAUGAAGCUACCUGCAGUAUCAGAACAAACCACUUUCCGUCCAGCAAAUUCAUUCAUCCAUUGAACUCUACAUAAAUGUGAAAUAUAUGUAUUUAUUCAUGUAAAACAAGUAUCAUAUUCUGAAAGUGUUUUUAUUUGUGAUUCUUUUUUUUACAGAUGUUUUAUUACAUUGUAUUCCUAUU